GAAGUUGGUGGGAAGUUUUCGGGAGAAGAUGGAAGGGGUGAGGUUGGCGCUGGGUCUUCAGGUUCUGCUCCUUGCGGGGGCAGGCAUAGGGGCAGAAGCGUCGGAGGCCGAGAAGAGGCUCCUCGACCUGCUCUUCAGCAGGUACAAUGCCAAGGUGCGCCCGGCACGAACAGCAGACGAGAAGGUGACGGUGAGGGUGGGGAUGACCCUCUCCCAGCUAAUCAGCGUGAAUGAGAAAGACGAGGAGAUGACAACAAACGUCUUCAUGAAUAUGGCUUGGACGGACUAUCGGCUGAGGUGGAAUCCCUCGGAUUUUGACGGUAUCCUGAUUCUCCGCAUCCCCUCCUCCAAAGUCUGGCUCCCGGACAUCGUCCUCCUCAACAACAACGAUGGGAAGUUCAACGUGGCGCUCUACGUCAACGUCUUGGUCCAGCACACGGGCACCGUCAGCUGGCUGCCCCCUGCCAUCUACCGCAGCUCCUGCAGCAUCAGGGUUCAGUACUUCCCCUUCGACUGGCAGAACUGCACCAUGGUCUUCAAGUCGUACACAUACGACGUGACCGAGGUCAGCCUGCAACACGCGCUGGAUGACAAGGGCGAGCGGGAGAUCAAGGAGGUGAUCAUCGACAAGAACGCCUUCACCGAGAACGGCGAGUGGCAGAUCCGACACAAGCCCUCACGCAGGAACACGCUCAGCCACGACAGCAGCUAUGAGGACAUCACCUUCUACCUGAUCAUCCAGCGUAAACCCCUCUUCUACAUCGUCAACAUCAUCAUACCCUGUAUCCUCAUCAGCAUCCUGGCUAUCCUCGUCUUCUACCUCCCUCCGGACGCAGGUGAGAAGAUGACCCUCUCCAUCUCGGUGUUGCUGUCCCUCACUGUCUUCCUGCUGCUGUUGGCUGACAAGGUCCCGGAGACCUCUCUUGGGGUCCCGAUCAUCGUCAAGUAUCUGAUGUUCACCAUGAUCCUUGUCACCUUCUCCGUCAUCCUCAGUGUGGUCGUCCUCAACCUGCACCACCGCUCACCCAGCACGCACGCCAUGCCCAGCUGGGUCCGACAGAUUUUCAUCCAGACCCUGCCUCGCUACCUGUGGAUCCAGAGGCCCAAGGCAGAGCCGUCCGACAGCGAGAAGCCGCUGAUCCUCAGCAGGGCUGCCGAUGAAUACUUCAUCCGGAAACCCAACAUCGAUUUCGUCUGCCCGAAAGAAAACAACAGGACGGCCCGGCAGCCAGAACGGCUCUUCUCGGAGAUGAACUGGUACAUGAAAGGGGUGACCCCGCAGAUGGCCCUGCCUCCGGAUCUCAAGGCGGCAGUGGACGCCAUCAAGUACAUCGCCAACGAACUGAAGGCCCAAGAGGAGUAUGAUGAGCUGAAGAAGGACUGGCAGUACGUGGCGAUGGUCGUUGACCGCAUCUUCCUCUUUGUCUUCAUCAGUCUCACCUCCAUCGGGACGCUCAGCAUCUUCCUGGACGCUAGCUACAAUGUCCCCCCUGUUGAUCCAUUCUUCGACCCCUUCUCCUGAUUUCCCCACGUCCCCCUCCCCCAAUGACCGGCAUUCUCCUUUUUCUGGUGGGGGGGACAAUAUAUUUAUUGCAGACUAUAGGGGAGUACUGGGGUUAUCUGUGUUAAUCUGAGGUUUUCGGUAAUCUUGUGGUUUUACAAGGACAUUGCCAGCACCCAUGAGUUGGUCUGAGUUGGCCAAGCUGGGUCUCGGCUCCUUAGAAAGUUGGAUGAUAAGGGCGACUUUAUAGAAGUGUUUAAAAUUGUGAGGCAUGGAUGGUAACAGUCUCUUCCCCAGGGUGGUGGUGGUAAGGUGAGAGGGACAGAUUUAAAAUGGAUGUGAAGGGCAGCUUUUCCAAGCAGGGAGCACUUGGAUAGAGGGAUAGAUAUGUAGAGGGAGGGAUAGGGGCCAACCACGGCAAACUGGGUGGACAUUGUGGUCAGCACGGACUAGUUGGACUAAGUGGCCUGUAUUUGUGCUGUAUUGCACUAUGGUGGGGCGGAAACCCUGAGAUCAGAACAGCCAUGUGUGGAGACCCUCCUCUCCCCAACGCCCCCCCCAACCUCUCUUCUCCACCUGAUUGAAUUAAUUCCCACCAGGGUAACCCUAGUCCUGAUAUCAGUAUGUCCUUUGUAGGGUUGUCGUGGGGUCUUGCCUCACCCCCUAGGAAGGCAGGGCUGUAUUUCCGAGCCACCCCCCACCCCACCUUCCAGAGAUGGUGGAGAGGAGAUUCACUUCCUUGGCUUGCCACUACCAUGGAGAUGUUGAGUGGGAAGCCAGGGGUGAAUUUCUGAGCCUGGGGGUUGGAGGGGAGGGAUGAGUGUGUUUGGUUUACGCUACAUUCGACACAACAGUCCUAUUCUCCCCCUCCGGCAGGACGGUGGUACACAGCUUGCCCCGCUCAGUGUAUUGACAAGACAGCAAACCGUUUAGGGAUCCCAUCAUGAAUGGCAGAAAAUCCAAAAUAAAACCAGGCACUGCCAGAAACACUCAACUGGCUGGGGAGAGACAAUAUUUCCGACCCAAGAACUGCUCAGUGUUUGCAGCUUUUCAGACGUCAGCUUAAGCUGUCACCUGUACAUUGAAAUAUGCAGCAAAAUCUGUCGUUUGAAUCAACAACCAACGCAGGCCGAGGAUGUGCUGGGGGGUGAGGGGGCAGCCUGCCAGUGUCCCCACACUUCUGGCACGAACACUGCACACCCACUACAAAGCCGUACAGCGUUGGAAUGGGGGGAGGAAACCCACACAGUCCUGGGGAGAAAAAUCUCCUCAGACCGCAGUGGGAAUUGAACCAUAGUUGCAGGCACAGUGAAGUGGUGUGCUAACCACUAGGCUACCGUUCUGUUCUGCUGCCUGGCAGUUUAUGGCUGGGAACUGUGGAUGUUGAUUUUGGAGGGGUUGAGAGUGUAAGUGUGGGGCAUGCAGACAUGUUAACCCAAUCAGUAGCAGUGGGAAGUUGGAAAGCCCAAGCAGUAGGGGCCCUUUUUGCAGGGAAAUACAAUGUAAAGCUGAUUUUUUUUUCUUUUUAAACGAGAAAAGAGCCAAAACUCCAGCCAGGGUGAGUUGCUAUUUUAUUAAACCAUCACAAGCCUGGUGUUGUUUCGUGGCGGCUGGCCCCAGUUAGUCGAUUGUUCUCAUCAGGAAAGGCCCUGGCUUCAUUCUGGCCCUGAGUGGGUGGGGGGAAUGGGAGACCCCCCAGAUUAAAGAUGGUCUUUACUGUCACCCGUACAGUGAAACACCUCAUUUGCAUCAACACAGUCCAAGGAUGAGCUGGGGGCAGCCGGCAGUGUCAGCACGCUUCCAGCACCAACAUAGCAUGACCACAAAUUCCUAACCCUCACCGGCGGACCUUUGGAAUGAGGGAGGAAACGGUAUAAACCCCAGGGUGUGGAGAGUCGUGGCAGGGAACAGAACCAGGAAAUUCCCCAGUUCAAACCAGGGGCCUUGUAAAUACAAGAGACUGCAUUGAGUCAAACUCACUCCAUCUGGAGCAGCUUAGUUGCACAACAAGGCCAUUCAGCCCAUCGUGUCUGCUCUGGCUUUCGGUCAUGGUUUUUUUCUCAAUCCCAUUAGAGUCAUAGAAAUGUGUGGCACAGAAGCAGGCCCCUCAGCUCAUCUAUUCCGUGCCAAGCUAUUUAAACUGCCUACUCUCGUCAACCUACACCACGACCAUAGCCCUCCAUGUACCUAUCCAAACUUCUCUUCAACGUUGAUUGCACCACUUGUGCUGGCAGCUCAUUCCACACUCUCACCACCCUCUGAGUGAAUAAGGGUCCCCUUAAACUUUUCACCUUUCAUGACCUCUGGUUGUAGUCCCACCCAAACUCAGUGGAAAAAGCCUACUUGCAGUUACUCUCUUCAUGCCACUCAUAAUUUUGUAUACCUCCAUCAAACCUCCUUUCAAUCAAAGCUCUAAGUACAUUUAUUAUCAAAGUAUGUUUACAUUGUACAAUCUUGAGCUUCAUCCCCUUACAGGCAGCCACAAAACAAGAAACCCAAAGAACCCAUAAAAAAAAGACUGACAAGUAUCCAAUCUGCAGAGAGUGAGGAAGAAGUUGUGCAAACAAUAAAAGUAAGCAAAUAGCAUUUAGGACAAAAGUGAGUCCUCAGACACGAAGCCCGGAGCAGCCUCAGUUCAGUAAAGAACGGAGUAAACAUUGCAGAGCCCAGAGCAGACCACAGCUUUAACCUCAGUGCAGUGAAGAGCAGAGUAAAUGUUGUAGAGCAGCGAGCAGACCCCUCCUCUCUGGCCCCGGCACUCUGCAUUUUCAAUCCAUUUGGCCCGGCAUUUAAAUCAUCCAAACACGGGAUCACUCCUCGCUCGGAGACCCGGGUCCUGUUGCAUCGAAAGGCUCCAGGUCUGGACCCCGCCACCACGUUACGGGCCGUACCCGACCUUUCCAAAUUGACCUGGCGCUCAGAUUGAUCAAACCUCGCUCUGUGUAGGUGUAUCUGCCUCUCUCUCCUCCACUCAGUUCGCACCGACUUCUUGAACAUACCUCGCCCCACUUCGCCUCGCACAGCUACACUUCAACACCCGUCUCAGCUUCACUUUCACUCACCUCCUCAUUGUUUGCAGUGAUUGUUUACCACAAUUUUUACAAUAAACGUGUUUUUCAUAAAGUAUUCAC